AUGCCUCUCAUAGCCACCUCCCCCAAACCCCGAAUCAUUCUCGGUCUCAUGAACUUUGGUCCCGACACCACCACCGGGGCCCGCAUAACCUCCCUAGACGAAUACAGCACUAUUCUCGAUCACUUCCAAGGCGCCGGCUAUAACGAAGUCGACACAGCUCGCGCAUAUGUAGGAGGAAAACAAGAAGCGUUCACGCGGGAAGCGAAAUGGCAAGAGAGGGGUUUGACGUUGGCAACGAAGGUUUAUCCGUCUGAGGCGGGGUGGCAUACCGAGGCCGAGUUGACGAGUAGAUUCGAGACUAGUUUGAAGGAGUUGGGGACCGAUUGUGUGGAUAUAUUUUAUCUGCAUGCUGCGGAUCGCUCCACGCCGUUUACAGAGACGUUGGCAGCGCUCGACAAACUUUAUAAACAAGGUAAAUUCGUCCAACUCGGCCUCUCCAACUUCACCGCCUUCGAAGUAUCCGAAAUAGUCAUGCACUGCAAAUACAAUCACUGGGUACGCCCCACCAUCUACCAAGGAAUGUAUAACGCCAUAACGCGAUCCCUCGCCUCUGAGCUCAUCCCCUGCUGCAAACGCUACGGCCUCUCCAUCGUAAUCUACAACCCUAUCGCCGGUGGUCUCUUCUCGGGCGCCUACCAUUCCUCCGAGAUACCUACUAGCGGCCGCUACAGCGACGCGGUCGGAAAACUGGGCGAGAUGUAUCGGAAGCGAUAUUGGAAAGAAUCGACGUUCUCCGCGCUGAAAAUGAUUGAACCCGUGGUUCUAAAACAUGGUCUGACAAUGGUGGAGACGGCUUUUAGAUGGUGUGUACAUCAUAGUGCGCUGGACGUAUUAGAUGGGAAUGAUGGGAUCAUCAUGGGAGUGAGUAGUGUUGAGCAAUUAGAUGCGAAUCUGAAGGAUUGUGAAAAGGGUCCUUUACCCGAGGAGGUGGUGAAGGUUUUGGAUGAGGCGUGGGGCGUUUGUAAGGGGGAUGCGCCGAAUUAUUGGCAUUUGGAUUUGAAGUAUACUUAUGAUACGAGAAAGGCACUUUUUGGUGUAUUCAGAGUUUAA